UAUAAACAUUUAUUUAUUAUUCAGCCUUGUUUAAAUCUGAAGCACCUUUGGCGGAAGUGCUCCGGUCCUAGUGGUGGCGCAAUUAUCCAAACAUUCUCGGUUGCUUGACGAAAACAGACGGACGAAUCAAAAGCAGUGACGAAAAGAUCAACAGGAAGUUCCUCAAGCUUUGUUUAUCAACUUCUCGACCGUUUUACAAUUUUAACCCUUGUCGGGUUUUAUGCCAUGGCUUUUCCGAAAAUACUUACAUUAUGAUCGUACGGUGAUGCUCGUGCAUUGUUGUUAAAUCGGUGUGAAUUUUUGUGUAUGUAUGAUCAUGAGGAGGUCACUUUAUGUGUACAAUGAAUCAGCUUAUUAGUUACUUCACGCGCUAUGAACUCUCAUUGUUUAUCUAGAUCUGUAUAGCGAUGGUACUCUUCAUAUGCAUUUACAUACAACGACAGCAAAACUGCUAGAAACGUAACUUGGGAUAUUUUCAACCAGCUACUCGCCGCUAUGCAUCUAAGUGUAAUGUAAGAGUCAGUAACAGUCGUCAAGAUGCCGUGCACAUGUGGGAACUGGAGGAGGUGGAUUCGGCCUCUGGUGGUGGUGCUUUAUAUCCUGCUCCUUUUGGUUAUCCUUCCUCUUUGUAUCUGGGAAAUUCAAAAAUCACAGGUUGCUGCUCAUAACAAGGCGUGGUUCAUUGCUGGGAUAUUUGUGUUCAUGACUAUUCCCAUCUCACUAUGGGGGAUACUGCAGCAUCUAGUAAAUUACACCCAACCUGAGCUGCAAAAACCAAUAAUCAGAAUAUUAUGGAUGGUUCCUAUUUUCAGUCUGGAUAGUUGGAUAGCGCUUAAGUAUCCCAGUAUUGCCAUCUAUGUAGACACAUGCAGAGAAUGCUAUGAGGCCUACGUCAUCUACAACUUUAUGAUCUUCCUACUCAACUAUCUGGGAAACCAGUAUCCCAGUCUGGUGCUGAUGCUAGAGGUGCAGGAGCAGCAAAAACAUCUCCCCCCUCUGUGCUGCUGUCCACCAUGGCCCAUGGGAGAAGUACUGUUGCUGAGAUGUAAACUGGGAGUUCUUCAGUACACUGUGGUGAGGCCUGUCACCACAGUCAUUGCUUUGAUUUGUCAGCUUUGUGGAGUCUAUGACGAAGGCAACUUCAGUUCUAAAAAUGCCUGGACGUACCUGGUUAUCGUCAAUAAUCUUUCUCAGCUUUUUGCAAUGUACUGUCUUGUGCUGUUCUAUAAGGCCCUAAGAGAAGAGCUCAGUCCAAUCAAACCAGUGGGCAAAUUCCUCUGUGUCAAGCUGGUGGUCUUUGUGUCAUUCUGGCAAGCUGUUGUCAUUGCACUCUUAGUGAAGGUGGGUGUAAUCUCAGACUCUCACACCUGGGACUGGGAUAGCGUGGAGGCUGUAGCCACUGGAUUACAGGACUUCAUUAUCUGUGUGGAGAUGUUUUUAGCAGCCAUUGCCCACCACUUCAGCUUUACUUACAAACCCUACAUACAGGAAGCAGAGGAAGGUUCCUGCUUUGAUUCCUUUUUGGCCAUGUGGGAUAUCUCAGAUAUACGGGCUGACAUCUCGGAGCAAGUGCGAAAUGUUGGGAGGACUGUUAUGGGUCGACCGAGGAAAACAUAUUUUGGAGAAGAGGCUUACCAGGAUGAGAACACUGGACUGCUGUCAGACGGUUCUCUUGAACCUGGAGCUGAAGCAUCUUCCACUCCUGCAUCACCCAAAGGCCUAUACCAAGGCAUGGGCCACACCUCAACCCCCCACUCCGUUUCCGCUCCCGCCAAUCUCGGAUGUGCAGCAUGGGAGGGAGACGUGGACGACAUCACUCCUAAUGUGAUAUCCAGUGAUCAUAAAGACCCACAGGGCUCAGAGUAUGCGACAAUCAUUUAGCAUGCCAUGAGCUACAGCUACCAAAGCUUUUAUUAUGCAAACUGUGCAUUAGCUCCCGUCUGGAAUAUAUGCAACCACUGUUAACUCCGGUAACUACUAUCAGUUAGAUACCGAUGGUUAAUGUGGGUUUAGAAAGGCUUGGUGGAGCUUUGGUAGAAAGAGCAUAUUUGAAGGAUUCUGUAACAGGUUGGGAUAUUUUUUUUUAUUCUUUUGGCAUUACUUUGCUGAAAACACGACCAAAAUAUUAACUGACUUUAGAGCCAAGCACACACAAAUACUAAUUUUAAAGAAAUACUCAACCCAAAACUAAAAUGAAUCCCAUAAUUUACUCACCCUCAUGCUAUCCUAUGUGUAUAUGACUUCACUUUUUUUUUUGAGGCACGCUGGCCCCAUGGCUCUUGUUGUGUCUCAAUGUGUGUACCAAUGAGAUGCAACCUCGAGAUUCUUCGAGCCCGCAUACCGCCAUGUCUUGGGUAAAUAAGCUCAAAAUAUGAAUAGUUUUGGUUCAGAAAACAUAAACCUCCUGGAGUUGUUUUAGGAUAGAUACUGUAUCUGCGCUUUUGGAGCUUCAAAAUGGGGCACAAUUCAAUGGCAUUACAAACUUAGAAAUAGAUUUUAAUUAAUAUAAAUGCAUUUUUUUUUAGCUAAAGAAAGAAAGACAUGCAUCAGGAAUGACAGAAGUAAAAGGUAAUUAUGGGGUAAAUUUCAUUUUAUGGGUGAACAAGUUGACCAUUCAGUGAAGACAGCUGUACGAAUGUCGACAUAUUAAUGACACUACUUAAAAAUUCUGUUCAUGUUACUAUACUUAUGAUACUGAAUAUGUGAGUAAGUAAUUUUAACCAUAUUUUUUUAAUAUCAGUGUUACGUUCUCAGUUUAUUUGUUAAAUGCUUUUUAUCUGACGUUUGAGGAGAACAACACAGAAUUGCCAGGUUGUCAUGAGAUUUGCAACAGUUGUCUCAGUUGAAUAUAUGCAUGCUGUAGAUAGAACAUCUACAAGUGUAUAUUACAAGUGUUAUAGAUGCUGUAAAGCGCAAAGUGCUAAAGCACUCAUAUCUCCGUUAUUUCACUUUAGUGCAUAGCAACUGCUCCUGGACAGCUUGUCUUCAUACACCUGCAUCCAAACAUGAUGCUAUGCAUUGUUAUUAGAUUUUUCUUGUCAAAAUGAAUGUUCAGAUAAAACAUUUUUAUUUUGUAUUGUUUUAUCGACUAGAAAGCUAUUAAAACAGAGAUAUUAAAAUCCUGUUUUGAGAUCACUUUGACAGAAUGAUGCAAUGUGUAGAUGUCAGCCAAAGUUGUCUUAUUUGAAUUAAGAAAUUGUAUUUUUCAUGUCAGAAAACUGUUGCACACGAAGUACAAAAAUUUGAUACAUAGCAUACAGCCAGUCAUCUUUACAGAUGUGGAGGGAGUGGGGAAUCCUGGUGUUUAAUGAACGGUCAUAUGUAUCUUCCUGCAAUGGGUUGAACAGCUGUUGCAUUGCCUUAUUUACCAAAUGUCAUCACAAAUGAUUAAAGUUCACGCGGAAAUGUGCAUUGGAUGUUUGUUUGAAAUCCCUGUAUACAAUAACAUAUUUAAAAUGUAUUAAAAAAAGCCACAGAAUUUA